AGUUUAUUAAAGUGGGAGAGCGAUCAUAUGAUCGAUGAAAAUCCUGUUUAAUUAAGUGCUCUACUUACAAGGUUCCUCCUCAAUUUAUAAAUUGUUAGAAAAACACAAAAUCCCCAGGUUUUAUCAUUUUUCUAAUUGAAUUGAAAUCACAUCGAAACAUUAACCAUGGCCCUAAGCGAUGCUGAUGUUCAAAAACAGAUCAAGCAUAUGAUGGCUUUUAUCGAGCAAGAAGCUAACGAAAAGGCCGAGGAAAUUGAUGCAAAAGCUGAGGAAGAGUUCAACAUCGAAAAAGGACGUUUGGUCCAACAGCAAAGAUUGAAAAUCAUGGAGUACUACGAGAAAAAGGAAAAACAGGUCGAACUACAAAAGAAAAUUCAAUCCUCUAAUAUGUUGAAUCAAGCUCGACUUAAAGUUUUGAAAGUUCGUGAAGAUCAUGUUAGAAAUGUUCUGGAAGAGGCUCGUAAAAGGCUUGGUGAUGUAACCAGAGAUCAGAGAAAGUAUGGUGAGAUUUUAGAGUCUCUCAUCCUCCAAGGCUUGUACCAGCUGUUUGAGACCAAUGUCUUGAUUCGCGUUCGUCCACAAGAUAGAGAUCUUAUCAAAUCAAUCAUUCCAAAUGUUGAAGAAAAAUACAAGGAUGGAAGUGGUAAGGAGGUAACCUUAAAAGUAGACGAUGAGAGCCAUCUGGCCCAAGAUACAACAGGUGGUGUUGAACUUCUAGCUCAGAAAGGCAGAAUUAAGAUUAAUAACACUCUUGAAGCCAGAUUAGAGCUUAUCGCCCAGCAGUUGGUACCAGAAAUUCGUACAGCUCUGUUUGGCCGUAAUGUUAACAGAAAAUUCACCGAUUAAAUGAAUUGUUGUUUAAAUAACUGUAUUAUAUACAUUGUAUUAUUCAGUGUCCGCGGAAAAAUCCAUAAUAAAUUUAUUCCUCAUUAUUUACAUAUAAUUGUGCAAUUUAUCCACACAUGAUGUAUAAAGUAAUUCCAUUUUUAAUAGAAUUUAAAGUUUUACUGUUUUAGCAUAAUUUUUGGUUAUAGAGUGAAGAGUGUUCGCGAAAUUCUGUAGGUUUAGUAUUCAGUUGUUGUGAAUUGAACAUUAUUGGAAUCAGAGUAUAGCCUGUUA